AUGGAUGAAGAAAAGAUGUGGUAUAAGGCAGAGCAAUAUGGAUUGGAAGGCUACAUUCCUUAUAACUAUAUAGAAUUGAAGCCACAUCCGUGGUUUAUUCCCAAAAAGAUAACUCGAGCACAAGCAGAAAAACUGCUGUUAGACAAAGAUGAAUAUGAGCAAUAUCUUCAACCAGAUGGCGCCUUUCUUGUACGGCACAGUGAAAGCUCUCCAGGAGAAUUCUCCAUUUCAGUCAAGUUUAGAAAUGAAGUUCAACACUACAAAGUUUUGAGAGAUGGAAGUGGUAAAUAUUUCCUCUGGGUUACAAAAUUUUCUUCACUCAAUGCAAUUGUUGACUAUCACAGACGAUCAUCAGUAAGUCGAGGUGAAACUAUUUAUCUCAUAGACAUGCUAACUAAGAAAGACAAAAAGAAACAGGUGAAAGCGUCAUUUGAUUUUGACCCACAAUAUCCUGAAGAAUUACAAUUACGGAAAGGAGAGAUAAUCACAGUUCUAGAAAAGAAGGAUGAGAAUUGGUGGAGAGGAGAGAAUGCACAUGGCCAACAGGGACUUUUUCCAGCAACCUAUGUUAGUGACAUAUAA